GAGACCCUCAGGAGACAUAACGGUGUAACAAGUCUCAAGUCUGCCAAGAUCAUCUCCAGCCAAUGGCGCAGCAGAUUGGAGAGAUCCCACAAUGUGUGGCCACCCCAGUCGACAAGACCCACAUCAUGCAGUUGGGACAAGAUGUGACAGCUAGAUCCUCCUAUGGCCCUUUGGAUGAAUCUAUGAAAGUGCUCAUGGGAAAGCAAAAGGUCUUUGGGGCUCUCCAGGUCCUGAAUGGGGCUCUGAUCUUAGCCUUAGGGAUAUUUUUAGGCUCAUUCCAACAUGCUUCAAAAUCCCCCAGAAAUGCCUUUUUUAUGAUAUUCUACAUAGGCUACCCUGUUUGGGGAGCUGCAUUUUUCAUCAUUUCAGGAUCCCUUUCUAUUGUAGCUGAAGAAAAACCCACAAAGAAUUUGGUACAAAGCAGUUUUGGGAUGAACAUCGCCAGUGCAACAAUCUCAUUAGUUGGGAUCAUUUUUCUCUCGAUCAAUUUUGUGCUAAAUGGUUGGGAAGUCAGAAACUGUGCACAAACAUCUCCCAAUGUGUGCACUUUGACCAGUUCUAUAUCAGCUGGGCUCCUGUCUUUGAUGCUGAUCCUCACUGUACUAGAAUUAUGUUUUACUCUUACUCUCACCAUCUUGGGAUGUAAAGUAAAUUGUUGUGAGUCCAGUGAGGAAGCUUCAGACCCUCCAGAUUCUUCUGUGGUUGCAGAGAUGACCCCUAUUGAACAGCAAUCUGAAGGGUUGGAAGCCUCAAUCCCAGAGCACAAUACUGAGAUAAUAAGCAAAUAG